GGCACCGCCAAGGGAUUUGCAGUGACUCUUGCCAAAGCAGUUACCUCUCUGGACCUGCCUGUGGCCAUUAUUAAUUUGAAGGACUAUGACCCAGACGACAAUCUGAUAGGAGAGAUCACUAGUAAAAAUGUCUGUGCCUUCCUGGUUGCUACAUAUACAGAUGGCCACCCUACUGAGAGUGCAGAGUGGUUCUGCAAGUGGUUAGAGGAAGCGGCUAAUGAUUUCCGUUUUGGCAAGACUUACCUGAAGGGUCUGAGAUAUGCAGUGUUUGGCUUGGGAGACUCUGCCUACCAGAGCCACUUCAACAAGGUCAGCACGAAUGUUGACAAAUGGCUUUGGAUGCUUGGCGCCCAACGGGUGCUCACCAGAGGGGAGGGAGAUCGUAAUGCAGUUCAGAGCAAACAUGGCAGCAUCGAGGCCGACUUCACAACCUGGAAGACCAAGUUCAUCUCUCGGCUGCAGACCCUGCAGAGUGGGGAGAAAAAGGCCUGCAGUGGGGACUGUAAGAAAGGGAAGUGCGAGACCACCCAGCCUGACUCAGGAGAGAUGGGUCCUCAUUUGCAAGGCAAAUUGCAUCCCAGGGAUGUUGAGGAGGAAGAGCCCUGUGAGAGCAGCAGUGAGGAGGAGUUGGGGACCCAGGAUUAUCAGAGCCUGAAUUCCCUGGUUGAUGUCGAGGACCUGGGCAACAUCAUGAGCCCCAUGAAGAAGGAAAAGAGAGAAAAGGCUCAACAGGAGGAGAAAGCUGGUGUGAACAGGAACCCAGAGAAGAGUGCGGACAGUGAAGGAAGAGCUAUGAUCACUCCUGCUCUCCGAGAGGCCCUAACUAAACAAGGGUACCAGUUGAUUGGAAGCCACUCUGGUGUGAAGCUUUGCAGAUGGACAAAGUCAAUGCUGCGGGGGAGAGGAGGUUGCUACAAACACACAUUCUAUGGCAUUGAGAGCCAUCGCUGCAUGGAAGCCACCCCAAGCUUGGCAUGUGCGAAUAAAUGCGUCUUCUGCUGGCGGCACCACACCAAUCCUGUGGGCACUGAAUGGCGGUGGAAGGUGGACCAGCCAGAACUGAUCUUGAAGGAAGCCAUUGAAAACCACCAGAACAUGAUUAAGCAGUUCAAAGGUGUGCCAGGGCUCAAGGCAGAGCGGUUUGAAGAGGGGAUGGAGGUCAAGCACUGUGCAUUGUCACUUGUUGGGGAGCCCAUAAUGUACCCAGAGAUCCGACUUUUGAAGCUGCUCCACCAGCAUGGGAUCUCCAGUUUCCUUGUCACCAAUGCACAGUUCCCUGAGGAAAUCAGGAACCUCAGACCAGUUACUCAGCUGUAUGUGAGCGUGGAUGCUAGCACCAAAGACAGCCUGAAGAAGAUUGACCGCCCGCUCUUCAAAGAUUUCUGGCAGCGCUUCCUAGACAGUUUGAAGACCUUAGCUGCAAAGCAACAGCGAACAGUCUACCGACUGACACUUGUGAAGUGUUGGAAUGUGGAAGAACUCCAGGCCUAUGCUGAGUUGGUGUCCUUGGGGAACCCUGACUUCAUCGAGGUCAAG